GGUUUUCUUUCGUCUCUCCUCUCUCUCGUUUUGGGCAGCUCUUCAAGACAGCCCGAAUAAGAGUGAGGACUACUUUCAGAAAUAAACUACAAUUCUGUUCUCCACACCUUUGACACAACUUUGAGAGAAUAUAGAAGGUAAAGUUUGCCAUAACUAUUCUUUUGUUGCAAAAGGGAAUGGUUUCUCAGCAUGCAGACGAUGGACGUCACAGCUGUAAGUUGCCAUUUCCAUGAGAAGAAGCCUUUUGAAGGACUUACACCCACUAAUGAAGCCAAAAAGCCUGUAGAGGAUAAUUCAAACAGCCCUGUAUUUGUUAAUCAUGCUGCAAAUGCAUGGCACGAGAGCAGAAAAAGAUGGACAGGAGAUCUAAACCAGAGAUCAAUAAGGAUAGAGAAAGACCCCAUUAUAAGCUGGUCAACGACUUAUGAGGAUUUGCUCUCAACUAAUGAGCCCUUCCCUGAAAGAAUUCCUUUAACGGAGAUGGUGGACUUUUUAGUUGAUAUAUGGCACGAUGAGGGGCAUUUUGACUAAAACAAAGUGCCCCCGUUUGUCUUCUGGGCAGUUGCUUCUUUGGAUAGCACUGAGAGUGGAAAUAUAUGUCACUUUUGACUUUGCCGAAUACGAUCAAGCAUCCAAAUAAAUUAGAGAUACCCUCUCAUUUAUUGUUUAUUUGGAGGUUUAAAAUCCUUAAGUUGGUUAGUGCAGGCAUCUGCAAGAUCUGUUGUAGUAUUAGCUAAGAGAGAUAAAAGUAGCUGACUUUAUCAAGAAAUAGAGGAUGCUGUUGUAACCGAUUACUGAUAUGCUAUACUUAUUUGCGUCAUGCAAAUAUAAACAGUAUCUAGUGUUCCAGAUGCGCCAAUCAUGUUUUCAGUGAUC